AUGCGGAGCGGGCCCGGCUCCGCCCGCUCCUGCCUGGGGAGGGUAUACAGCCUAGUGGGGCCGCGUCUCGCCCCUCCACCCCCGCCCCCAGCCGGGCCGGAGGGAGGGGGAGGAAGGCCGCGCGGACAGGCCCGUCUCGCGCCGCCCCUGCCCGGGCCCGGCGCCGGAGCGCGGGGGGAGCGGCGCGAGCUGCUGUGUCCCGCCCGGGCCCGCUCCCGGCCCGCGCGGCCUUCCUCCUCCGGGGCUCGCUCCCGCCGCGCGUUUCGCGUCUCUCGCUGCAGCCGCGGGAACUGCAGGCUGUUUAUUCCGAGUGGGGAAAAGGAGGGAAGGUGGGGAGGAGGCCCGGGCCGGUUAAGGAGCGGGGAAGGGAGGCAUCACCUGUGGGCCUGGCGCGGGGAGAGGCCCCAGGUUCUUGGCCGUCUUCCCCUAGGGGGUUUUACUCCAAGUAAAUUUUUCACGGCUCCCCAUGCCCACGUUUCUCCCGCGUUUCCAUCUCCUCCCUUCUCCGGAGAGCUGGAGGGAGGGCUCGGACCGCCUCAGCCCCACAGCUUGUCUGCCCCGGACUCGCGGUGCCCGGAGCCCCUCGCUAGCCGGGGCCACUCCAUCCAAUUGCGUGGAGCUUGGAGACCAUGUAGUGAGCUGGGAGAGAAUUCCAGAACCAGGAAGUGGAGGCUUUGAGAGGAUACAGACAAAACCCGACAGUGACACUUCAAGAUGAAGCAUCCUGAUCGAAAUGUUACGAGAACACUGAAUGAGAAGUCAUCCGGUUUUGAAAGAAGCCCAGGGAAAGAUUUCACAAUUUCAGACUUUUAACUGUGCAAUAAUAAACCACUCUUGCUUUUCAACAA